CGUGCGCGGCCCCGCGGAGGCGUGCAGGCGCCCGCGUAGGCAGAGGCUGAGGUGGCAGAGGCCCCGCCAACAUGGAGCUGCCGCAGAUCCCGGAGCUGAUGGGGCUGUCGCUCUUGCUCGGGCUGCUGGCCCUGAUGGCGACGGCCGCGGUAGCGCGGGGAUGGCUGCGCGCGGAGGAGGAGACAUGCGGCGGGUCGGCGGGCCAAAAAGCAAAUGGACUUCCCCUUGACAAGUCCUCGAGAUCCAAGAAGCAGAAACAGCAUCAGCGAAUUCGCAAGGAGAAACCUCAACAACACAACUUCACCCAUCGCCUCUUGGCUGCGGCACUGAAGAGCCACAGUGGGAACAUAUCUUGCAUGGACUUUAGCAGCAAUGGCAAGUACCUGGCCACCUGUGCAGAUGACCGCACUGUCCGCAUCUGGAGCACCAAGGACUUCCUGCAGCGGGAGCACCGUAGCAUGAGAGCCAAUGUGGAGCUGGACCAUGCCACUUUGGUGCGCUUCAGCCCUGACUGCAGAGCCUUCAUUGUCUGGCUGGCCAAUGGAGACACCCUCCGUGUCUUCAAGAUGACCAAGCGAGAGGAUGGGGGCUAUACCUUCACGGCCACCCCAGAGGACUUUCCUAAAAAGCACAAGGCACCCAUCAUCAACAUCGCCAUUGCUGACACAGGGAAGUUCAUCAUGACUGCUUCCAGUGACACGACUAUCCUCAUCUGGAAUCUGAAAGGUCAAGUGUUGUCUACCAUCAACACCAACCAGAUGAACAAUAUACAUGCUGCUAUAUCCCCUUGUAGCAGGUUUGUGGCCUCAUGUGGCUUCACUCCGGAUGUAAAAGUUUGGGAAGUCUGCUUUGGCAAAAAAGGGGACUUCCAAGAGGUUGUGCGAGCGUUUGAACUGAAAGGCCACUCAGCAGCUGUCCUCUUCUUCGCUUUCUCCAAUGAUUCCCGGAGGAUGGCCUCUGUCUCCAAGGAUGGCACAUGGAAACUGUGGGACACAGACGUGGAAUACAAGAAGCAGCAGGACCCCUACUUGCUGAGGACAGGCCGCUUUGAAGAGGCAAGCACCAUGCCAUGCCGCCUGGCACUGUCCCCUGACGCCCAGGUCUUGGCCUUGGCCAGUGGCAGCAGUAUUCAUCUCUACAACACCCGGCGGGGUGAGGAGGAGGAGCACUUUGAGCAGGUCCAUGGGGAGUGCGUCGCUGGCCUGUCCUUUGACGUCACUGGCCGGCUCCUGGCCUCCUGUGGGGACCGGGCAGUGCGGCUCUUCCACAACACCCCCGGCCACCGGGCGGUGGUGGAGGAAAUGCAGGGCCUCCUGAAGCGGGCGUCCAACGAGAGCACCCGCCAGAGGCUGCAGCAGCAGCUGAGCCAGGCCCAAGAGGCCCUGAAGAGCCUGGGUGUCUUGAAGAAAUGACUCUGGGAGGGUGUGGCAGGAAGGAUCUUGCCUGCUGCCACUUUUCUUCCCAGGUGCUCCCCAACUGGAAACCUUUUGAAAAGAGUAUCCUGAUUUUCUUAAUGGUGGCCCCUCUCUCCUUUUUCCCGUUGAAACUGUUCUUGCCUACUUAGAUCUCUCUUCUUGCUGGUUGUGACUCCUGGCCUUGCUAGACCUCCCAGGCUAAUGACCAAGGUGCUUCUUUUUGUCCCGGGCCCAAGAGGUGGAAUCUGUCUUCACCAGGCGCUGAGGAGAGUGGUACGUAGAAGAGAGAGAGAAUGUGGUCUCUGACCUUGUGGCAACACACACCCUGGUACCCAAAGAAGUUUGUAGUAGUGGAGGCAAACCAUAAGGAACACUUGAGUACUGACCAGCGCUUCUGCAGGGAUGGGAACUGGGCUAUCUUCCAAUUACAGGACUGCGGGAUAGUGUCAGGGAAAGGCUAGACUUAAGCCAGGCAAAGCUCCUAACUCCAUCACAAAGUAAUUAAGGGAUUUCAUUCAGUGCCUCAGUUUUCUUAUUUGUAAAAUGGAGAAUAAUCCUCUCUUGACCUCCUUACAAAGAUGUUAUCAGGGUAAGAGAGUAUACAGUCCCUAGAUCUGGAAGACAAGUGGAAAAGAGUAGUAAUACAUGUUAUCUGUUGUCCACUAUCAUUUAUUAACUACUGGGUGAAAAUGGGUCUCACACAGUGUAGUUUGAAACUAAAUUAGAAACACAUGCCUUGAGAAGGUGAAGUUUCUGGAACUUGAUCAUGCAUUUCGUAUCUGGUUCUGCUUUAAGUUGUGUGGAGCAAUCAUAGAACCUGAAGAUGGGGCUGCUCUCUUCCAAGAGUUAUAUCCUGUCUUCAGCUCCUCAAACAUUUGAGUGCCUGUUCUGUGCCCAUGACUGCACUAGGCACCGGAGAGUGAUAUGAAGAAGACGUGAUCUCUACCAUCAGAGGUGGCUGGUGGGAGAGAGGGACACGUGUCUGUUAAGUGAUUUCUCUUCACUUACUCAUAGCUGUAGAAGGCUGUCGCCAAAGUCAGGGCAAGGGAGGGGUCUAAAUCAGGACAGAGGCAAUGGGUUUGAAGUUGAAGGGACAGGUUUGAUAAGAGAUUAGGUAUUUAGAAGUCUGAACUUCUGGAUAUGAGGACUGCUUGGAUGUGGGAGGUGAAGGAAAUGAGGGAUCUAGGAAGACUUGAUUGAGUCUAGGCAAAAUUUAGUCAUCCAAAAUCAAAUUCUUAUUCCCUCUCCCUAAAACUGGGACUUCUCCUAGUUGCCUCCAACUCAUAAAUUGUGGUUUGAACAAGCCACAACCUUGGAGUUCUCCUUAAUUACUCCCUUUUCAUUACUCCCUCCGCCCCACUGCCACUACUACUGUCCACCCCAUCAGAAAAUUCUUCUGGUUAUAGUCCAGAUUAUAUCCUGAAUCUGCUACUUCUCUCCAUCUCUCUGUUACCAGCCUGGUCCUAGCCACUAGCACCUACUGGGUUGCUAUAACAUAGCUUCUUGGGCUCUCUGCUUCCUCUCGUGCCUCAUUAAAUCACUUUUCUACAUAGCAGAGUGACCAUUUGAAAAUAUAAAUCAGAUUAUAGUGGUCCCACACCCUUCAAAGGCUUCUCAUCACACUUAGAAUAAAAUCCAAAAUUCUCACCAUGGCCUUCAAGGGCUGUGUAAUCUGGCUUCUUCCUUACUCUGUAAUCUUGUUACUGCUCUCCCAGCCACCCCAACCUUGCUGUUCCUCAACCAAGCCAAGUUAUUUCCAGCCUCAAGGGGGACUUGUGCCCAUGCUGUUCCCUCUGCCUGGAAGCAUUUUGCUUUUAGUUUGGCAGACUUGUCGUGCAUGUCAUAAUUCAGUUCUCAGUUUCAGUUAGACUUCAGAGAGGCCCUCCCUGACUACCCAGUCUGAAGUAGCCCUUUCCACCAAUCAUAUCACAUCCAUCACGUUAGCUUGCUUUAUUUAUUUUGUACUACUUAAUGCUAGCUGAAAUGAUCUUGUUUGGAUAUUUGUUUGCUUCAGGGGUUUCAGCUUAAAUGCUGUGGAUAUCAAGUGGGUAAUGUAAAUGCAUGAAUUGGGCCACAGUUGUCCGAUAUAAGACAGUAGGAAAUGGGACUGAAGUGAUCUCUGGGGGGGCGUGUGUCCUGGGUAAGGGGCAGGAGUGGCCGCUACUUACUAUUAAGGAAUCCUGCACAAGUUGCCAGUUGAGAGAAGCUAGGAGUUGGCAAUUAUAAAAGGAAAAAAUUAAGCACCGUGUUGACCAAACAACACUAAUGUGGGCCAGAUGCAGCCCACCAGUCUCUCCUUGGCGGCUUCUGGAUUGUUCAUUAACCCACUGGAAUGUGAGCUCCAUAAGAAUAGAAUGCUUGUCUGUCUGACUUGCUCCGUAUCCCAAGCACAGUACCUGGGACAGAGUAAGCACUCAGUAAGUGUUGAACUCAAACCAGGGGCAGCCGACAGACGUUUCAGUGCCCUCUGUGUAUCCUCCCACUCCCGGUUUGCACUGUGGUUUUAUGUUCCUGGUAAGAGGCUUCUGAUUGGUAAUGCUAUGUGUAUGGCUCCUGGUGAAUAUUUGCUUUCUGGUUGUCAGAUUAUGAGACUCAAACACUUCUUUGCCUAUCUGCUUGGCUCUGGCUUUACUCUCGCUGUAGAUCCAGGAGAGCAAGUGCCCAGAGAAGGUUGAGUUACUGGAGUCAGAAGUCUUCAGUUUCAGUUUCAGCUGGGUCAUUACUCGCUUGAGACCUUGAGCAGAUCACUUGACCUCUCUGAGUUUGCUUCCUCAACUGUAAAAUGGGAAUAAAUCCUGCCCUGUGUACCUUG